CUCUACUGUUGCCGCAACCAAAGCGACAAUAUAGCGCGGAGUUGUCUGUGUCUGACACGUCACAGUAGUGUUAGUCGGCUGCCCGAUAAUUGAAGUAGUUGUAGCCGUUCGAAUUUGCAGCGAUUGUUGUUCGUUCAUCUGAAGUGGUGUUUUUAUUUUCGUCCGGAAAAAUGUGCCAACAGACAGAAGAUGUGCAGCAGGAAGUUAAGGUUGAUAAAUGGGAUGGUGCAGCUGUGCGAAACGCGCUUGAUGACGAAGUGCGGUGCAUAGUCACCCAUGACUAUCGUAUGGAGGAAGACCACUCGCUACCUGACGGUCGGUUAGCGAUCUCCGUCUUAGCGGUGGCAGCUGCGGGAUGGGCCUUGUUAUGGGAUUGGUGGCAUCCAUUUCCAGAAUCCCGGCCUGUCCUGGUUGCCUGCGUCCUAUCUUAUUUCGCAUUAAUGGGUAUUCUAACCCUAUAUACGAAUUACUAUGAAAAGGGCAUCUUUGUUGUCGCCAAAAGGAAGGACGAGGUUGGCCUUGAAGCAGCGAAGGUAUUCACUGUCCGUUCGACGUUGGAUCGGUUCGAUGACAUGUACAGACUCGAAAUGACGAUGCAUGUAGAAGGGCAAAAGUCGACGAGUUAUGCCCAGCUUGAGAAGUCAAUCUCUUCGUGGUUUGAUACCAACGGUGUUCUGCGGAAAGAUCUCCUUCGCAAGGAUGUGGACAAACUUCAUCGAUCGUUACUUGAUGGCAGGAAGGCUUCAAUCAUUAACUGAGAAAAAGUGAAAAGAAAAGAAUCCUUAAGCUGAAAAGAGAAUGGUUGACAAUAAUAAAGCAAGGCAAGACGAAAAAAGGACAACCUUAAGCGACUGCGCAGUAAUGUGGUGUAAUCUGGCGGUAAACAAAAGACACCGCCUUCGCUUUUGAUUACAGCUGAUCAACGCUUCAGGACAGUAACUGCCUCAAAAGGAGUAGAAGAUAAUCUGGUAUAGAUAGAGCUCCUCUUUGUUUAUGCGAGUCUGGGUGAAGGAGGAGGCAUUAUUUUACGAGUCUAUACCUAUGACACAGAAUUGUCGAGAUACCCACUUGGACUAGCUUUUCUGGGUAGUAUUGAGAUACUGACUGUUCGUGAUUGACAAGUAAGGGCGAAUUCGUAAUUACAGUGACACCGCAAGCAGAAUGCCCCGGUUAUGAACUUAAAAAGCAUAAAUAUUUGCUACUAUAGGUCGAGUUUUGAAACGAUGCUUUUAAGCAUUUCUUGAUGGCAAACCUUGUGCAGGUACCAAAUGUUCGGAACAUCAAAAAACAUAUAUAUAUACACGCUUCUUCACACACGCAGAAAGGUAAAGGUGACAAAGAUUAUAUGUAUAAGGAAUACCAAUAAGCACUAAGCAUCAUAUUUUAUAUCGGAAUAAAUGCGCGUUAGUGAAUGGUCGUUAUUUUCGAUAAGUGACUGAAAGUUUAUUUAUUCCUAUUUUGAAAUUUUUUUUUCGCAUAUUUAUCUACAAUACGCUUCAUACAUGCCAAGGAAUAUUUGAACAAAAAAUCGCCUUCGGUGUUUUAACGUUCGAAGAGCACUAUGCUCUCGUAAAAUCUGAAGGCAACGGAUGUCUUUGUACCAGGCACCGACACAAAGUGGGGAAAAUCUCUAUCCAGGAUCGAAGAAAUGCGUAGUUGGGAGUAAAAGAACUAGAAACUGGUCGUGACCAAAGUAAUUUGACAGAGUUAACCUACGCUUCCCCUUGAAUAAAGAGCAGUUGUUUAUCAUUGAAUAAUAUAUAUAUAUAUAUAUAUAUAUAUAA